AAAAUUUUUAAAAAAUAACAAACUUUCUUUUACUGUCAACCAAAGUUAUUUUGUUUUUAAAGAUGGAUUUAGACUGAGAAAUCGCCCUCAUAGAAAAGAAAAUUUUGAAAACAAUAAUAAACUUUUCUCCAUACUUUUCCAUGGAUCUAAUCCCAUUUUAAAACUGGUAUAGUGAGAACUCUGCACCCUGUGGAAAUAAUUUGUCGUUAAUGUGUAGACAUGGGCACUUAACUCCAAACUAUGUUUGUUGUACUUAAAAUACCACUUUACUCAGCACUUAACUUUGACUAGGCACUAAAUUGAAUAAUUUAUUGAGUGGUUUACAAAUGUACAUAAAUGUAUUACCUUCCCUAUAAACUUAAGUCAAGUACUGGAGUUAUCCCUAUUUUGCAAGUGAGUCAACUGAGGUGAGAGUGACUUGUCCAGCUAUUACACAGCAGAGCUGUGACUUGAAGAAAGCCCAGUCUAUCAACCUACCAGGUAAAAAAUGUUGUUAGCCCAAAUAAAUCGAGAUUCUCAGGGAAUGACAGAGUUUCCUGGAGGAGGAAUGGAGGCUCAGCAUGUUACCCUGUGCCUGACAGAGGCAGUAACUGUGGCAGAUGCUGAUAAUUUAGAAAAUAUGGAAGGUGUAAGCUUACAAGCAGUAACACUUGCAGAUGGUUCUACCGCUUAUAUACAACACAAUUCUAAAGAUGGAAAACUCAUAGAUGGCCAGGUCAUUCAGUUGGAAGACGGUUCUGCUGCCUAUGUUCAACAUGUACCCAUACCUAAAAGUACAGGGGACAGUUUACGUCUAGAGGAUGGUCAAGCCGUGCAGUUAGAAGAUGGAACUACAGCCUUUAUUCACCAUACCUCCAAAGAUAGUUAUGACCAGAGCGCAUUACAGGCAGUUCAGCUGGAAGAUGGCACAACGGCUUACAUCCACCAUGCAGUGCAAGUCCCACAGUCUGAUACCAUCCUAGCAAUUCAGGCUGAUGGUACCGUGGCAGGUCUGCAUACUGGGGAUGCCACAAUUGAUCCUGAAACCAUCAGUGCUUUGGAACAGUAUGCAGCAAAGGUAUCCAUUGAUGGAAGUGAAAGUAUAACAGGUACUGGAAUGAUUGGAGAAAAUGAGCAAGAGAAAAAAAUGCAGAUUGUCUUACAAGGACAUGCAGCAAGAGUGACUGCUAAAUCUCAACAGAGUGGAGAGAAGGCGUUUCGAUGUGAAUAUGAUGGAUGUGGAAAAUUAUAUACAACAGCUCAUCAUCUUAAGGUUCAUGAAAGGUCACACACGGGAGACCGGCCUUAUCAGUGUGAGCAUCCUGGCUGUGGGAAAGCGUUUGCAACAGGUUAUGGAUUAAAAAGUCAUGUCAGAACUCAUACAGGAGAAAAGCCAUAUCGGUGUUCAGAAGAUAACUGUACUAAAUCCUUUAAAACUUCAGGAGAUCUACAGAAACAUAUCAGAACUCAUACAGGAGAAAGACCCUUUAAAUGUCAUUUUGAAGGCUGUGGUCGGUCUUUUACAACAUCAAAUAUCAGAAAAGUGCAUAUUAGGACACACACAGGAGAAAGACCUUAUUACUGCACAGAACCAGGAUGUGGAAGGGCAUUUGCCAGUGCAACCAAUUAUAAAAACCAUGUGAGGAUACACACAGGGGAAAAGCCAUAUGUUUGUACAGUCCCUGGGUGUGAUAAAAGGUUUACAGAAUAUUCUAGUUUGUAUAAACAUCAUGUUGUUCACACUCAUUCCAAACCUUACAACUGUAACCACUGUGGGAAGACAUAUAAGCAGAUCUCCACGCUGGCCAUGCACAAACGGACCGCCCACAACGACACAGAGCCAAUUGAGGAGGAGCAGGAAGCCUUCUUCGAGCCUCCCCCAGGUCAAGGUGAAGAUGUUCUUAAAGGGCCCCAGAUCACAUAUGUCACAGGUGUAGAAGGGGAUGAUGUUGUGUCUACACAAGUAGCCACGGUAACCCAGUCUGGGUUGAGUCAACAGGUUACACUCAUAUCCCAGGAUGGGACUCAGCAUGUCAACAUAUCUCAAGCUGACAUGCAAGCCAUUGGCAACACCAUCACAAUGGUAACGCAGGAUGGCACUCCCAUCACAGUCCCUGCUCACGAUGCAGUCAUCUCCUCAGCGGGGACACACUCAGUUGCUAUGGUAACUGCCGAGGGUACAGAAGGGCAGCAGGUUGCAAUUGUGGCUCAGGACUUGGCAGCAUUCCACACUGCCUCAUCAGAAAUGGGGCACCAGCAGCACAGCCAUCACUUAGUAACCACAGAAACCAGACCUCUGACCUUAGUGGCAACAUCCAAUGGUACCCAGAUUGCAGUUCAGCUUGGAGAACAGCCAUCUCUGGAAGAAGCCAUCAGAAUAGCAUCCAGGAUCCAACAGGGAGAAACACCAGGGCUGGAUGACUAAUCCUGAGAGCAGUAAAGCCGGGGAGCCUUUCAUCUUCAGGCAGCAGAGUUCCAGGAAGCCCGGGGCCCAGGAAAAUGAUAACUUUUCCAUUCCUCAACACUGUACACGUUUUUAUGCAAGAGUGGAGAACAUUUUAUUCUUGACACUUUUGUGCAUAUAAUCCUUGGAAUAGAUUUCCAAAUUGAUUCAUUGUGUACAAGGAAGUAUGAAAUUAGGGCAAUCCAGUAAAUUUUCACAUUACUCUUUUAUCACAUUGCAGACUCCUAGAGUCUUUAUAUAAGACAGUGAAGUCUUACCGAGACUUAGGGUGGAUUUUUAACUUACUGUGAAAAAAAACCACACAAAUAAAGGCUAUAUCUAAAAUAUCAAAGGUUCUAUAUGUCACACAAUCAUAAUUCCAAAAGCCAUCAUGGAUAAUAAAGAAUGUAAAGCCUUCAAAUAUUUCCCCCGGUUAGUAGAGUGUCUGCAGCUUUUGUUCUACUGUAUAUUUGUCUGUUUUUAUUUGUGUCUCAUGGUUUGAAGACUGUUCAUUAAGGCUUCCAUUCCUGUUAAUUACCAGCUCUUCAAGCUGAAAUGCUAAUUAUAUUAGCACUACAUUGGAUUAUGUAUAAAAUUACAAAGUUUGGUUACUUAAAAUUAAAAAGCUAAAUCCA